GCGGGGGAAGAUGGCCGGGGACGAGGCGGCCGGCGCCGCUGCGGGGCCGGGAGCCGGGAACGCCGGCGGCUACGACGGCAAGUGCGUGUUCUGCAGGAUCGCCCGCCGGGAGGAGCCGGGCACAGCGCUGCUCUCCUGCGAGUAUGAAGAUCUCGUUUGUUUUAGAGACAUCAAACCUGAUGCCCCCCACCACUACCUGGUGGUGCCAGUGGAGCAUAUGGAAAACUGCAAAACACUAAAGACAGAACACAUACCUAUAGUGAAGAGAAUGAUGGAAGUUGGAAAAGCUGUCCUCCAGAAAAAUAAUUUUAGCGACUUGAAUGAUAUAAGAAUGGGUUUUCACUGGCCUCCGUUCUGCUCGAUAGCCCACUUGCAUCUUCACGUCCUGGCCCCAGCCAGUCAGCUGGGAUUCUUAUCCAGACUUCUUUACAGAAUCAACUCCUACUGGUUUAUCACAGCUGAACAACUGAUUGAGCGACUGCAAACUGAAAAUGCUGCCAGCUGAAGGCACUCUUAGCCUUGUGUCGCUACCCAAUUUGUUCUUUGUUGUUGAACUCUGAGUUAAGGUUGCACAGUUUGAUGUUGCCAAUAGUAUACCAGGAUUAAAAAAAGCUUUAGUUCCUUAUGAGGAACUACCCACAUAAUUUGUAGCUGCCAGCCUAAUUCUCCCAUUUGGAUACUUCAGUAAGCGUACUUCUCUGACAAUAAGGCAAUGUAUUUUAAUUAUGAUUUUAUAUUUGUAUAUAUAUACACACAUAAUACCCCCACACACAUAUGCUCACAUGCAGAGAACUUUUCCUAGUAAAAGGCAGGGUAUAGCAGCACAAUGUAUUGCAACUAAGCCAACAAGUUAGUACCAACAGCAUGUACCUGGUACCAAAGGAAAUAUUUGUUGCAGAAUCAAGCUUUUAUUUUGAAGAUACAUUGUUCUGAGAUUGCAAGUAACAUUUAAAACAUUUAGUUUCCAUCAGUUUUUGUGUGUUACUUAUGCCUAGUUGUUAGUAGGUAUGUUGCUGAAAGUACACUACUAACUUUCUGGUGCUAAACCACUUCAGUAUAUUACCUGUCUUACCUGCAUGAUAGUGACAUAGUAAACGUUAAUACUAUGCCCGAGAUGUGAUAAUGCUAUAUAACAUAGAAUAUCAUUUAAAUGUAUGUGUAAGUGGUUGUAUGUCAGACUUAAAGAUCAUUUCCCUCUUACAUAGACAAUAUUUGAAAUUAGUUACUGUAUGUUUACAAAAAAUGUGAAGAGUUCAGAGGAACUGAUUUAAUAUACCACUCUUCUGCAUGAUAGUAGAAACAAAAUCCAAAUUUUUAGACGGUUCUGACAUUGUUCUCACUGGAAGUUCCUUGGAGGUUACUAAUGCUUUGGCUAAAUUUGAUCUCUAAAUGAAGUCAUACGAGAAAUGAGUCUUUAGUGCAGUGAGUAUGUGGCACGCUUGCAUAAUAGCAAUGUGAUUUGAAUUUGGGAUAGCAGGGACUCAGCCCAAAAUUGGAACAUGUUGGGUUGCUUAAGGGACCUGCUGAACAUUUGCCAGCGCUGUAUGACUCUAAUCAGUAAUGCUAGCGCUCUGUUUUUCAACACUAUAUUAAGGCAGACUGGAAAGUUAAAACUCCAGAAAACACGGAGUGGAUUUUCUUCAUUCACAGACUGUGUCUCUUGGUGCCUAACUAACCAAGUGUCCUUGGCUGAUGCAUUUAGAUACAGUGGAGGUGAUGAUGGUCUGCUGCACCUGCAAGCUUCCCUGAACAUAAUCUUCUCAGUGUCUUCCACUGACCCAGCACCUGUGUUGCCUUAGUGGUACAACGUAUUGUAGUACUUUACUGUAAGCUACAUGUAAUAAUACUUCAGAGAGUUCACACCCUUCUGAAGAACAGCAUUUCCUACCCAAAAGAGUUACAGCUCUCUCUUCUGUAAGAUCUUGUUCCUAACGUCUUGUUAUUCUUACUAGUGGGCACUCACGUCAUUUGCAGCCCUUCAGGGGUUUAAUUUGUAACAUUAGGAAGGAAGAGUGCGAAUUAAAGCCACUGAACUUUAAUUGCUUCUGUGCAAUAGAUUAGGAGGUUUGAGCUGGCUCCUAGCUGUGUGAAACACUUGAAAAUUAAGAUCUUCCAAGAGUUAAUACUGAGUAUGUGUUCUGAUUUGUAAUUAAUUUAUGUAACUCUACUUAACUGUGACAUGUAAUAUUUAAAGUACCAACAUGAACUGUUGUCAGAAAAGAUUAAUAAAAGAGUAAAUGCUCCUCUUGGAA